CAGACACCAUAUUAAUAAGUUCAUAAUUCAUGUAUUUCCAUCACAAACAUCAUUUGUUCACUAAUUCAAUUCAAAGCUUCACACACACCAAAGUCAUGGUGUCGUUAUAAUCACUCUGCCCGUUUUACAUUUUAUUGUCCACUUGAAGGCGCAGUAGAGCAAAUGAAGCAUCAUGAAGCUUCGGUCCAUGAGUGAACCAAUUGGAUGGAAAGCUUCAAUGCUUCUGGAAGCUUCAUCUUGCCAUCACUAAUAAUAAUCCUUUACUGAGUUUCCAGCAGGAACAGAACAUACAGGAACAGAGAAACAAACUACUAAACACUGCAGAACUUGGUCGGAAAACGAGACAAUCUGGCAGAGGACAAGUGCAAGUGAGGGCACCUAAAUAGGGAGUGACUAUGAGGGGAUGGGCUGCAGUGGCACGAUGGAUGCAGCAGAGUUUCGGCGCAGAGGGAGGGAGAUGGUGGACUAUGUGGCCGACUACCUGGAGAACAUCGAGGAGCGUCCGGUCAGCUCAGACGUGGAACCGGGGUAUCUUCGUUCCUUGAUCCCCACUGAGGCCCCACUGGAGCCUGAUAAUUAUGAUGACAUUAUCAAAGAUGUGGAGAGGGUCAUAAUGCCAGGGAUCACCCACUGGAACAGUCCAUACUUUUAUGCCUACUUUCCAGCUUCUACCUCUUACCCUGCCAUGUUGGCUGACAUGCUAUGUGGAGGCCUUGGCUGUAUUGGAUUCACCUGGGCUGCCAGCCCAGCCUGUACAGAGUUGGAGACAGUGAUGUUAGAUUGGCUGGGGAAGAUGCUAAAGCUGCCAGACUACUUUAUAACCGGGACUCAUGGCCGCGGAGGUGGUGUCAUCCAGGGAUCAGCCAGUGAGGCAACCCUGAUGGCCUUGCUCGCUGCCCGCUGUAAAACACUCAGAAGGAUUCGAGCCGCCAACUCCGAAUUAUCAGAAGGUGAAAUCCGAUCCAAACUGGUGGCGUACACCUCUGAGCAAGCUCAUUCCUCAGUGGAGCGUGCUUCUCUGAUUGGAGACGUGACCAUUAGGAUGGUUCCCACAGAUAGCACCUAUGCUGUCAGAGGAAGCAUGCUUAAGAAGAUGCUGGAGGAGGACAAAGCAGCUGGACUCAUCCCUUUCUACUUCUGUGCGACCCUUGGUACCACGGCAUCCUGUGCUUUUGACAAUAUUACCGAACUGGGGCCAAUCUGUAAUAAGGAAAAUGUGUGGAUGCACAUUGAUGCAGCAUAUGCAGGGAGUGCAUUCAUCUGUCCUGAAUUUCGGCCUUUGUUGAAUGGCAUUGAGUUUGCAGACUCUUUCAACUUCAGCCCACACAAAUGGCUUUUAGUCAACUUUGACUGCUCUACAAUGUGGGUGAAGAAGAGAGAGGACAUCAUUGGAGCCUUCAAUGUGGACCCACUCUACCUGAAACACGAAAACCAGGAGUCAGGGAUUAUCACAGAUUAUAGGCAUUGGCAGAUUCCACUUGGAAGAAGAUUUCGCUCACUAAAGAUGUGGUUUGUCUUCCGUUCCUAUGGAAUCCAAGGCCUGCAGGCUUAUAUACGCAAGCAAGUGGCCCUGGCCAAAGAAUUUGAGAGUCUCGUGCGAGCGGACAAGAGGUUUGAGAUCUGUGCCGAGGUCGUCAUGGGACUGGUUUGCUUCAGACUCAAGGGCUCCAAUGAUUUGAACCAGCUCCUGCUAAAAAGGAUCACCAAUAGCAGAGAGAUCCACCUGGUGCCUUGCCAGCUCUCCGGCAUCUUUGUCCUGCGCUUCGCUAUCUGCGCACCCAGCACCGACUCGAGACACAUCCAACAUGCAUGGAGGCACAUCACGCAGCUGUCCUGUGAGCUGUUGCAAGAGAAUCAUUGACCAAAAGGCUGGAAAGGGGCUGUCCACCCUAAUGCAAAAAGUAGGACCGAUGUGAGGACACCAACUCAGAGUUCCAUGUUGUAAAUGUCAAAUGUCAUAAAGGGAAUGAACAAGCAGCAGCAAGGUAUCUUUCUGUCCGCAGCCAUGUUAUAGUAAACAGUGGUCAUUAUCUUGUUGGGUCAAUGCGUGUGAAAAUAUCUUGUUACAAAACGUAUAUGAAAAGAAAAGAAUGCAGGUUCCGGAUAUUAGCUUUUUUUUCGAUCUGCAACUUCUCCCUUCCUUGACUUUGCUUUUUUCGCUAACUUUUUAAUGAUUAUGUAAUGCAAUCAUCCCGCUGCGGACCUAUCAUU